AAGGCAUCUAACAAUUACAAGAUCAAAAGUGUGAACAGUAAAGCCUAAUCCAGAAUAUGUUCCAGUGACUCAUAAAGUCUCCUAUCCUAAAUCAAAAACAGUUACAUAGGACCUUAAAAGAUCACGGGUGGACCUGUAAAGGGACCUGUAAAAGAUCAAAAACAGGCUGUAAGUGGGUCUUCCGUACUAAAGUUAAUUAUGAUGGAUCCUUUGAUGAGCUCAAAGCGGGCUUCGUUGCUAAAACAUUCAAUCAAGAAGAAUGGAUUGACUAUCUAGACAACUACAGUCAAAUAUACAAAUGCCUUCAGUCCAAACUAUUCUACAUAUGGCGAAGGACGAGGCUAGUAACAAGACACAGGGUGCACAUGCACCCAUAGUUUUACAAAAGGUAAUGUAAUGUCACCAUAAGUGACAGUACAGAAGAGAUUAAUAAAAAAUAAUGUCACCAUAAGGUGUCCAUUUCUCAUCCAUCUCAGCCCAUCUUUAUUUAGAACCGCUUUGCUCUUCUCCAAAAUGAUUCAACCUAAAGCAAGCCCUUAAAAUUAUUUGGCUAUAUAAGCUGUAAUCAUUUGUAAUAACAUAUUAAGAGAGAAAGUUAAUUUCUGAAACUUGGGUCAUCUUCAUCGAUUAACUCCUCCAAAUUUAAGACAACGAAAAAAUGGAACUGGAUACGGACAAGUUGUUAAAGACGGGUUUGGUUAUAGUGGCGACACUUGCUAUAUCCAAACUCAUCUUCUCCUUCUUCACUUCCCAUUCCAGGAAGAAGCGUCAUCCUCCCACUCUUCAAGCUUGGCCUCCGUUGAUCGGAAGCCUUAUCCGGUUCUUGAAAGGCCCUGUCGUAAUGCUUAGAGAUGAAUACCCUAAGCUUGGAAGUGUGUUCACAGUGAAUCUUCUUCAUAAAAAGAUGACUUUUCUCAUUGGUCCUGAAGUCUCAGCUCAUUUUUUCAAAGCUCAUGAUUCUGUUCUCAGCCAGCAGGAAGUUUACAAAUUCAACGUGCCUACUUUUGGCCCUGGAGUUGUUUUCGAUGUCGACUACACCGUUCGUCAGGAACAGUUUCGGUUCUUCAGCGAGGCACUCCGAGUCAACAAGCUGAAGGCUUACGUGGAUAUGAUGAUUACUGAAGCUGAAGGUUUCUUCUCGAACUGGGGAGAGAGUGGUGAAGUUGAUCUUAAGGAAGAGCUAGACAGUCUCAUCAUCUUGACUGCAAGUAGAUGUCUACUGGGUCGAGAAGUACGUGACCAGCUUUUUGAUGACGUCACUGCUUUGUUCCAUGAUCUUGACAAUGGAAUGCUUCCCAUAAGUGUUCUCUUCCCCUACCUCCCUAUUCCAGCUCACCGUCGGCGCGACCGUGCUCGUGUAAAGCUUUGUGAGAUUUUCUCAAACAUCAUGUUGUCGAGAAAACACUCUGGCAAAUCAGAGAACGACAUGUUGCAGUGUUUCAUCGAGUCAAAGUACAGAGACGGUAGACAGACAACCGAGUCCGAGGUAACGGGUUUGCUCAUCGCUGCUCUCUUUGCAGGACAGCAGACGAGCUCCAUAACUUCCACGUGGACCGGUGCUUAUCUGAUGAAAUACAAAGAGUACUCGUCCGCUGCCUUGGAUGAGCAGAAGAAGCUGAUUGAGAAACAUGGAGACAAGAUUGAUCACGACAUCUUAUCCUCGGAGAUGAAUGUUCUCUACCGUUGCAUUAAGGAAGCGUUGAGGCUUCACCCUCCGUUGAUCAUGCUGAUGAGAGCCUCGCACAGUGACUUCAACGUAACGACCCGAGAUGGGAAAACGUAUGACAUCCCAAAGGGUCAUAUCGUUGCAACCUCGCCUGCUUUUGCAAACCGCUUGCCGCAUAUCUUCAAGAACCCGGACAGCUACGACCCGGAUAGAUUCUCCCCGGGAAGAGAAGAGGACAAAGCCGCAGGGGCAUUUUCGUACAUUUCGUUCGGUGGAGGUAGGCAUGGUUGUCUUGGAGAGCCCUUUGCUUACCUCCAGAUCAAAGCCAUAUGGAGUCAUCUGUUGAGGAACUUUGAGCUUGAGUUGGUUUCACCCUUCCCUGAGAUGGACUGGAACGCUAUGGUUGUUGGCAUUAAAGGCAAUGUGAUGGUGCGUUACAAGCGGCGUCAACUUGUCUUAGACUAACGUGGUAUUUGGCUAUUUGCAACCUUUGGUUUCUGUAUAUGUCUCUCUCUGGUUUUAGUUCUGUGGUUGAAUGUUUCUGCUUCUUGAAAUUGUUCUUUCUCUUUAAUAUUCACUAUGUUCGCGUGUGUUGUAAUGUGGACAAAAAUACCGAUUCCUAAAUUGGAUUUGCCUUAAGAUACUAUUUUUGUCUGGCUUUGUUGUAUUGUUUGGUCCAGUUUUCCUGUUAAAUGAGUAGGUUUAGUGUCAACUCUUCUUCCUCGAACGAAUUGAUCUAGUGACAAAAAUAGAGUAAAUAUUGUCAUUGCCCAACCAUAGAUUUGUUUGAAAUAUUAUCUUCACUAUACAAAGUCCCUACAUUCCAAUUAUUGAAAAAAUCAUCUUUAGGGCAGAUCACAUUCUUUUUAAGCUUCAUUAUAAAUGUCUUUUUACAUUAUUUUUUCUAUUUUUACCUUUGUUUUUAAUUUAUUAAUAAAACCAAAGAAAAAAUUAUAUUAAAAAGAUGUAAAACAGAAAAUUAGACAAUUUUCUUAAUUCUAAUGCAAAAACUUUAAACAACACUUAUUAUAAAAAUGAGGGAGUAUCACUUUUACAACUACUUUCUUUUUGUAAAUGGAAUAGAUGUAUGCAAUAAACAAAAAUUACAAGAACAAUAUUGGAAUAAUACAUGUUGAUUUUUAAAAAUAUAUACCAGAUGUUAAAAUAUAAAAACUGAGAAACUUAAACAUAAUUUACCA